UGCGAACAUUUUAACUCCUGAGAGGCUGAGUGGACCGAACCGGGAAAACACGGCGCUCUUCCUGAACUGUCGCUGUCGCCAUGGAGACCAACUCUGUGUACGGAAAUAGUGAUACCACUCAAGCUAGCAACUUUGUGAAAAAUUAAUGCAACUGGUCAGUUCAGUUUUUCCCUUUCUCGUGUUCUCUCAGUUGUAUUCUAAUGCUAAACAAAAGUCUGGAGUCAAUCUGGGUUAGUGGAGUAAAAUAAAGGAAGAGGAGAAAAUGACACUUUGCCUGUAUGAGUGUCUGAGAGCGGUUGGACUACAGCAUCACUAUGCGAGGUUUACCUCAGUGGGUGUUUGUCGUGCAUCCCACCUUUCAGCGCUGACCAUGGAGGACUACCCCCUCCUGGGAAUCCGCACUAUGCAGGACAGGACUCGACUUUUUAAUCUGGUCCAACUGGUCAAAACUGUUGACCUGGACAGUCUUGGAUAUGAUGAUGGUGACGAUUAUGAUUACAAUGUUGAUGGAAGUGAUGAAGGCUGCGCUGUAGUGGAUAGUAGCUUUAGUCAUGAUGGCUGUGGAAAUCCUUAUGAAGAUGUAAGUGAGGAUGAGGAUGAAGGCAGAGCUGCUAUGAGAGAACUGAAUUCAACCACUUUCACCAGACCGUCAUGUGUUCGCAGGCGACUUGAUUUCAGUAAUGAAACCACUGAUCAUCAGGAGCAAUUUUCUCAUCCUGUAAACACUGUUGAUGUCAGUGCAAGUCACAAUAGAAGCAAUAAGCCAGACCAGGGAAAAGAAUCAGCCAUACCUGUGCAGUUCCAGCCUGAAGGUGGAAGAGCUAUGAUAUGUGGCUGCCAUGGGAACAACUACUACAAGCCAGAUGUGCAUCAUCGUCCAUCUGAUUGUCUUAAGGGUGAAAACACCAAGCCGGACAUCACAAGAGGGAUUUCCAUGUACAGCUGUGACACCAGAUUACCGUCAUUUCGCCAACCAAAAAACAGUGUUGAAACAGUGACAUCAAAAACAUUUAACAACAAUCCAUUUGGACACAAAGACAGAAAAGUAAUCUCUAGGAGGCAAAAUUCCUACACAAAAAUGGGCAGUAAUGAAGUUAUUGGACACAUGGCCAAGCCAACUCCUAUUUAUGAAGCAAAGAGAACAGCCGGCUACAACUAUGGACUGCCGCUGAGUUCUCCUCAUGCUCUCAACAAAAAGCAUACAGGAAAGCAGCGGAUUAGCGUAUGUGUGAGAAAAAGACCUCUGACACGUGCAGAGAACAGAAGAGGAGAUGCAGAUGUUGUGACGACUCCAGGUGGAGAGUGUGUUACUGUGCAUGAAAGCAAGGAAUCCGUGGAUCUCACACAAUACAUACUGCAGCACAGAUUCUACUAUGACCAGGUUUUUGGAGAGGAGAGCUCCAAUGAGGAGGUGUAUCGCAGAACAGCAUAUCCUCUGGUGCUGCACAUGCUCAGUGGGGGCAAGGCCACCUGCUUUGCAUACGGCCAGACAGGUGCAGGGAAGACUCACACAAUGUUGGGUUCAUCUCCCAGGAGACCAGGCUUGUAUGCUCUGGCAGUUCGGGACAUUUUUGCUCACCUGGCCACCAGACGUACUCAUUCUUCCCUGCAGGUGUAUGUCAGCUUCUUUGAGAUCUACUGUGGUCAACUGUAUGACUUGCUGGACCACAGGAAAAGGUUAUUUGCCAGGGAGGAUGGACAGAAAGUAGUUCACAUUAUGGGGCUGCGUGAUGUCAGAGUGGACUCGGUCAGCUCGCUGCUGGAGGUGAUUUCACAGGGCUCAGAGGAGCGAACACAGGGGAUGAGUGGUAUCAAUCCACUCUCCUCUCGUUCUCAUGCUUUGCUUCAGAUUCAGCUAAGAGACCAAAACCAGCAGAUAACUGGCAGGAUGUGGUUUGUGGACCUGGCAGGAAGUGAGAGGGCGUCAGAUGCCAAAGAACCAGACAGGCAGAGUCGUAUGGAGGGAGCUGAGAUCAACCAGAGUCUUUUGGCUCUUAAAGAAUGUAUCCGGUCCCUUGAUCAAGAGCAAUCGCACACACCUUUCAGACAAAGCAAACUGACUCAGGUUUUGAGAGACUCCUUUGUUGGUGAUUCAAUGACAUGCAUGAUUGCCAACAUUUCACCUGGUCACACAGCUACUGAACACACACUUAAUACACUGAGAUAUGCUGAUCGAGUGAAGGAGUUGAGGGGACACGAAGGAAUAAGAGGAAGAAGAAGAGGCAAGACAGCACCCUCCCCCAAACAUAACCUGUCUACCAACAACAGCAGCAGUAGCAGUGGCAGUAGUUCCGGCAUCCGAGGGAAAAGCCCCCCUAAAAAGCCAAAAUUAGGGAGAAACAACGAGGAUUUUGGGCUUAUGACACCUACUACAAGAUUGCCUGUAGGGAGCACAAUUCUCUGCUCUACGCCAAAGAACAGCAGAUCUGGGAAGGAAACAAAUCCAAGUCCCAGAAAAGGGAUCGGUCUUGAACAUGUCACACCAGUUGGAGGUUGGCUGAGAAUGGAUGAUAAGAGGCAAGAGAGUAAGGGAGCAGGCCAAAUAGACGGUAGGAGGAUAGAAAAUAAAAGAUAUGCAGAUACUGGCAGUCGCUCUGUUAGUGAGCUACGUGCGAGGACAGGACCAGUGUUUGGACAACCAAUAGAAAAGCAAGUUCACUCCAGGGAGAUGCAAAAAGAUGAAGCAGCCUACAGCAGUAAUUCCUCAUCUGGAUUCUACAACAGAGAAAACAAGAACCAUCAAAACACUUUGAAAGGGGGAAAAAGGGAAGAAAGAGAAUGGAUAGAAAUAAAAAGACAAGUAGAAAACAGUAUUGCCACAAGUAGUGGAGUAGAAAAACUAAGGGUAAGAGAUUUGCAAAAGGCUGAUGAUCGUGAUAAGGAAAGGACGAAGCAUCUAAGACGGUAUCACGAGCAGUUGCAGCAGUUUAUACCCUCAUCCACUUCUUCAUCUGCCCAUCUCUUCUCACCCUCUACAUCUUUUGCUUCCUCUACUCAGCAAUCUCUCUCAUCUUCUGUUUCUCCAUCUUCUCUCCGACACACAUCUCACUUUUCAGUUUCUGCUUGUAUGGGCCCUGGUUUGGAGGAGGUUUUAAAUGCACAUGCAGCCAAGGUUGAGGUUGAUGGUAAUAGAGCACAGCAGCCCUCUCCCAGUGGUGAGAUUCACUUACAGACUGAAACCUCUGCAGUCUACAAUAACAACGAUAACGAGGAUGCUCAUAGUCACAGUGGUGGUGUUGGUGUAGACUGGAGGGUAUCUUGGGAGGGACAAUUUGGACGAGGCAGGGCUGAAAGUGAGAACAGGAGGUCGGUGGAGGCAACCGGUGAAACAAGACUAAGGAUGGACGACAGGACGCCAGCUUGGAUGGAAGGGGGAGAAAGGAGGUAUGCGUGGCUGCCAACAACUGAGAGAAAGCCAGCAAAUAGGAUGACAGGUGCAAUACCAACACAUGCAGAGGCACAGCUGUCUUACAUCUGUGAUUCAAAAGAAGUGCGAGUAGAGGGACUGGAUGCCUCAGAUGUCCUAGCUGAUGGAGGGUGGAGUACUGAGCAAGGAGCAGCUGACAGUUUAGCGUCUGCCCACAGCAACAGUGAUAGCAACAGCCUCUUUAAUCACCCUGCUUUUGAGUCACCCCAUCAGCGAUCUCCUGCAGAACGACCCCUCUCCCCAGUCUGCGAACGUACCAGCACAUUCUUGACCCCAGACAAACUCAGUCAUGUAUCUCUUGACCUGAAGUGUGCUCAGUGCACUGCCAACACCAUCCCUCUACCAUUGCAAAAUACCCCAGAGGCAGUGCCAUCAAGCAGCGAUAGCAGUGAGACGGAACCAUGGUUUGCUGCUAAUGCCAGUAGAAGACAUUUUUCUCAUGCUCAGUCAACUUUGUUACCUCUCACUUCUUCUAAUUCGCAGAUUGGAUGGAAAACACCUUCUGAGCCCCUUGACAAGCUAUCUAGAAAUCUAUCUUACACUCCAGACAUCAAAGGGAAAAUGUCUGUUUUACCUCGACAGGAGACUUAUGCAGAUUCUUUUAGCUCUUUCAUGGAUCCCCUUAGCAUCUCCCUGCUUCAAGUGGACCAACAGGCUGCCACAGUCUCGUUCCUCCAAGGGGACAACAGCAGCACCUCACCCACAAGUGUGAAAAAAAUUGGAGAGGAUGAAGACGGAGAAUUUCGCCUGUCUCUUUUGGAGCCGCCACAAGGAAAGACUCGCUGUCCUCCUACAUCAUCUGACAUGCCGUCCUCUCUCCAGGACCGAGACAGCAGUCAGAAACUCCAAAUAACACCAGCUCUUGGCAGCAAAGCCCCUGGAUCUCCACUUAGACCCUCUACAUGUGCUUCUAUGCAAACUUCUGCCAUGUCUCCCUCUGUCCAACAUGUUGGGAACACUGCUUCAGCUAGUUUACACAAUCUGAUGACAAAUGCUACACAAAUGCAACCAGAAUAUGUACUUAAUGAGCACAAAAAAACGUUAUCUGCCAUUACAACACCACAAUUAGAAAUGGUCUCAGGCCAUUUAGACAUUGUGCCAAACCAGCCCCUCGUGGAACAUUCAAACCACUCCAGCAAGUCAAACAUUUCACUUCAACAAAACAAUCCUGCAGAGUCAAAUGGUCAAGGAAGAAUGAGCAAUCAGCAAAUUAGCCCCACCAUCCCUCUGUUUACACUGGACGACUCAGACCAUGUCAAGUGGUGUAUAGUCGAGGCCCACUGGGAGCAGCUAAAAGAGAUGGAGGCUUUAUGUCGUAAAGAGGGGAAGCUUCUGUGUCAGCAACCUGAUAUGGCAUUUGGAGAAUACAUCCUCAAGCUGGAGGAAAUCAUGGAGAAAAAAGCUCGGUGUGUGCACAGCAUGAGGGCUCAACUGCAGCCAUAUCUGAAUCCCAUUUAGGCUAACCACAAAGGAAGAUGCGAUCAUGAUCGAAUUAAUUUAAUUUUAUAAGUUAAUAAGCAGGAAUAUGCUCAUUUUAAGGUACAGUCUGUACACUGACCAAAUUCUGGUUUGGGAAGGCAAAGCUGUUUGUGAGUGCACAACAUGUUUUCAGUGAUAACAUUAACUACACAAUGGGUCAGACACAUCCAUAUAUAUGUUUUUAAUGUUUAAUCAACCUAUGUUUUAUUAGUUCAUUGGACACUGGACAAGUACCACUUGAUGUAAGUGACAUCAGACAUGUAUUACACAAGGAUUCUCAUGGGAAACCUGCCAAAGCAUGUUUUUCCAUGUUUACAAUAUUAUAAAAUAUUUUGAAGGGAUAAGUGUGUCUAUUUGUAUGUUCGCGCUUCCUGCAUAUUGUUGCGUAUGUUUGUUUUUUAGCAUUCUGUUUACAUGUUGACUCAGAUGCAUACUGUACAACAUAUUCUGAAAUUUGUACAGAUUUGGAUAUUUGGUUCACAGUUUGUUAAGCUCAUCUGAAAAUGUAUUACGUCACUAUGAAACAAACUGAUAUUAAAAAAUUAAUUUAUUCUCAGUUGUAGUUAAUAUGGAGGCUCUCCUAGUUUCAGAUAAAUCAUUUGUACUUGGUUUUGGUCUUGCUUGUUCGUUUGGUGCUUAAAAACUACUAAUCUUGAGUUUUUUCUCUAAAAAUCCCUUGCAAAUGGUCAUAUGCUCAUCUUGAAACAUGGCUUUUGUACUGGACUCAGUCAAACGUUUCAGUUUCCAGGUUUGAAACUGAAACUGCGGUCUUUACUGAAUCUACAGCAAGAACACACUGAACCGAUAUUUUGCUGACUUUGUUUAAAUUUAUAUUCAGGCUGUGACAGAGGGGCUAACUAACAAGUGGCAAAUUGAUUGGUGCUAUAUUUUAAAGAUUUUUUUAGUGAUAUAAAACAUUUAUUUUUACAUGGUAAUCUUCAGUUUACAGCUCAUUCAUUUGGAUUUUAUAUUGAAUUCAGUUUGCUUUAUAACCAUAUAAUCUGUUCUGUGUUGUGAGAUGUUUCUCUCCCUAAUUACAUAAUAUGAUUAUUUUCUCAGCAGAAGUGUGCAAACAAGUGUUUCCCUCAAGCUUUUCUCCUCAAAUGUCUUUCAAAUGUGUUUUUUGCGUUAACAAAAUAAAAUAAAAAACUGUCAAAUUCUU